UCGGGGGACACAUCCCCCCCGGCAGUCCCCUCCCAGCCUCGGGUACAUAAACCCGGCUGCAGCGCCGCUCCCGCCCGGCUCCAGCACCGACCAUGGGCCACCUGCAGCUCUGGCUGCUCGUCCUGGCCGGGAUCGCGGGGAUCGUGGCCCAGGAGGACCUUUACCGAAAGGUGUUCGUGUUCCGGAAGGAUCCCAGCGACGCCUACGUGGUGCUGCGAGCUCGGCUGGAGCAGCCCCUGCACAACUUCACCGUGUGCCUGCGCUCCUACACCGACCUCAGCCGGCCCCACAGCCUCUUCUCCUACGCCACCAAAGCCCAGGACAACGAGAUCCUGCUCUUCAAGCCCAAACCCGAGGAGUACCGCUUCUACGUGGGGGGAAAGUUCGUCACCUUCCGCGUCCCCGAGGGUGGCAGGGACUGGGAGCACGUCUGCGCCAGCUGGGAAUCCUCCACCGGCAUCGCCGAGUUCUGGCUCAACGGGAAGCCCUGGCCGAGGAAGGGGCUGCAGAGGGGCUACGCCGUGGGGGCCACGGCCGCAAUCCUGCUGGGGCAGGAGCAGGACAGCUUCGGGGGCGGCUUCGACCCCUACAACUCCUUCUCGGGGGAGCUGACCGACGUCUACCUGUGGGACACGGGGCUGUCCCCGGACAAGAUGCGCGCAGCUUUCCUGUCCCUGCGCCUGCCGCCCGCCCUGCUGGCCUGGAAGAGCCUCAGCUACGAGGUGAAGGGAGACGUGGUGGUGAAACCCCGGCUCCGGGAGGCGCUGGGGGCCUGAGGGCUGCGGGGUCUGGGG